CUCAGCAAUCUAUCCAAGAAGCAUAUAUUGGGGAGUAAGGAGGGCAUCCACCAGCAAGACCACAGUUGUUGACAGCCAUAAGAUUGGAGACAAGCACAAAGGGCCUGUGCGCGAGACUCCAUUUCCCACAAAGCCCCCCUUCACUUCCGGCUCGGCCAAGGCACUGCGGACGGCUUCCGGGUUUGGGCCUGGCUCUGUGACUGAGGCGGCGGCGGUGGCGGCCGAGCGGGAUACGGGCGGCGGGAGCUGGGGAACAGGCAUGGACGUUUCGGGGCAAGAGACAGACUGGCGGAGCACCGCCUUCCGGCAGAAGCUGGUCAGUCAAAUCGAGGAUGCCAUGAGGAAAGCUGGUGUGGCACACAGUAAAUCCAGCAAGGAUAUGGAGAGCCAUGUUUUCCUGAAGGCCAAGACCCGGGACGAAUACCUUUCUCUCGUGGCCAGGCUCAUUAUCCAUUUUCGAGACAUUCAUAACAAGAAAUCUCAAGCUUCCGUCAGUGAUCCUAUGAAUGCACUCCAGAGCCUGACUGGCGGACCCGCCGCGGGAGCCGCCGGAAUUGGCAUGCCUCCUCGGGGCCCGGGACAGUCUCUGGGCGGGAUGGGUAGCCUUGGUGCCAUGGGACAGCCAAUGUCUCUCUCAGGGCAGCCGCCUCCUGGGACCUCGGGCAUGGCCCCUCACAGCAUGGCUGUCGUGUCUACGGCAACUCCACAGACCCAGCUGCAGCUCCAGCAGGUGGCGCUGCAGCAGCAGCAGCAACAGCAGCAGUUCCAGCAGCAGCAGCAGGCGGCGCUACAGCAGCAGCAACAGCAGCAACAGCAGCAGUUCCAGGCUCAGCAGAGUGCCAUGCAGCAGCAGUUCCAAGCAGUAGUGCAGCAGCAGCAGCAGCUCCAGCAGCAGCAGCAGCAGCAGCAUCUAAUUAAAUUGCAUCAUCAAAAUCAGCAACAGAUACAGCAACAGCAACAGCAGCUACAGCGAAUGGCACAGCUGCAGCUCCAGCAACAGCAACAGCAGCAGCAGCAGCAGCAACAGCAGCAGCAGCAGGCUUUGCAGGCCCAGCCGCCAAUUCAGCAGCCACCGAUGCAGCAGCCACAGCCUCCGCCCGCCCAGGCUCUGCCCCAGCAGCUGCAGCAGAUGCAUCACACACAGCACCACCAGCCACCACCACAGCCCCAGCAGCCUCCAGUUGCUCAGAACCAACCAUCACAACUCCCGCCACAGUCGCAGACCCAGCCUUUGGUGUCGCAGGCGCAAGCUCUCCCUGGACAAAUGUUGUAUACCCAACCACCACUGAAAUUUGUCCGAGCUCCGAUGGUGGUGCAGCAGCCCCCAGUGCAGCCCCAGGUGCAGCAGCAGACAGCAGUACAGACAGCUCAGGCUGCCCAGAUGGUUGCUCCCGGAGUCCAGGUCAGCCAGAGCAGCCUCCCCAUGCUGUCCUCGCCGUCACCGGGCCAGCAGGUGCAGACCCCGCAGUCGAUGCCCCCACCCCCCCAGCCGUCCCCGCAGCCCGGCCAGCCCAGCUCACAGCCCAACUCCAACGUCAGCUCUGGCCCUGCCCCGUCCCCCAGUAGCUUCCUGCCUAGCCCCUCACCGCAGCCCUCCCAGAGCCCAGUGACGGCGCGGACCCCACAGAACUUCAGUGUCCCCUCACCUGGACCUUUAAACACACCUGUGAACCCCAGCUCUGUCAUGAGCCCAGCUGGCUCCAGCCAGGCUGAGGAACAGCAGUACCUGGACAAGCUGAAGCAACUGUCCAAGUACAUCGAGCCCCUACGCCGCAUGAUCAACAAGAUCGACAAGAACGAAGACAGAAAAAAGGACCUGAGUAAGAUGAAGAGCCUUCUGGACAUUCUGACAGACCCCUCGAAGCGGUGUCCCCUGAAGACCUUGCAAAAGUGUGAGAUCGCCCUGGAGAAACUCAAGAAUGACAUGGCGGUGCCCACUCCCCCACCGCCCCCGGUGCCACCGACCAAACAGCAGUACCUAUGCCAGCCGCUCCUGGAUGCCGUCCUGGCCAACAUCCGCUCACCUGUCUUCAACCAUUCCCUGUACCGCACAUUCGUUCCAGCCAUGACCGCCAUUCACGGCCCACCCAUCACGGCCCCAGUGGUGUGCACCCGGAAGCGCAGGCUUGAGGAUGAUGAGCGGCAGAGCAUCCCCAGUGUGCUCCAGGGCGAGGUGGCCAGGCUGGACCCCAAGUUCCUGGUAAACCUGGACCCUUCUCACUGCAGCAACAAUGGCACUGUCCACCUGAUCUGCAAGCUGGAUGACAAGGACCUCCCGAGUGUGCCACCACUGGAGCUCAGUGUGCCCGCUGACUAUCCUGCCCAAAGCCCACUGUGGAUCGACCGGCAGUGGCAGUACGACGCCAACCCCUUCCUCCAGUCGGUGCACCGCUGCAUGACCUCCAGGCUGCUGCAGCUCCCAGACAAGCACUCGGUCACCGCCUUGCUCAACACUUGGGCCCAGAGCGUCCACCAGGCCUGCCUCUCAGCCGCCUAGCCAAGACUGCAGGGAUGGCCCGCAGCCUCAUCGGGGCCAAGGACACACGCCUCGUGUCAGGCACUUCUAGGUGUUGGCUUCCUUAGAGAGCCUGGGUUUAGGUUAGCUUUCCUGCUUUUAUCUUCUGCCUUGGGGACCUGCCAAACGAAAUCCCACACCUGUACAGAACUGGGAUAGGCGCAGUGGAGCGGGCUGCUUGGGGGGUGUUGGCCGACUUCUUACAGAAGGCCCUCCAUGUGACUUCCUCCAAGGAGCCAGAUGCGAUCCUUGGGCUGCUCUCACUGUGGCCUGUCCACGGUCCAGGUCCAUCUCAGCAGCGUGAGGGUGCACUCAGGGUGUUGUUAGAGCGUCUCGUGUGUGCUAGACACACCCCUACUCGUUCCUAUAGGAGAACACAGAGGACAUAGGAAACCCUUAAAACACACAUGGGAUUCUCUGGUCACAGUUUUGGGUUCAGGCUACGCUGCUUUGGGCAGGUAGGGCACCCUCUGGGGAAGCCCCCAAGUCCAGGGCACAGGCUGCCUUUUGGAGGGAGGGCUGGCCCAUAUGCGCUGCUGGCUCCCCGCCACCAGCCGGGCCUCAGCCCUCACGGCAUUCCUGCUGAGCACCGUGGGGCACCCAGGGAGCAGGGGCGUUGGGGAUCCUGCUGCCGGCACCCCGUGCCGCUGGCAUGAGGGCCGUAUCCCCACUGUGAAGGAUGAAGAGCAAGGCCCUCAGGACCCGUGUCCUUAGAGCACCACACACUGAGCCACCCAGAGAGAGUGGGCCUGGCAGCAGGCCGGGGCCAUGCAGGGAGCGCCUCCCUAUGUUGCCUGCCACUCUGGGCACCGGCCAGCAGCCCUCUGCUGAGAAGAGGUCCCCCCUUUUUAUGUGCACUACCCCACCAUCUGUGAUUAUAAUAAAUUUAUUAUUCCUGUGUU